CUACAAAGGAAAAACAGACCAUCUACGAUACGCUCAUUGUCAGCGAUGUAUGUAUUUCCCUCUUUCUCUCUGUAUGAGUGGAUUUCCUUAUGUAUCCAAGCCCUCCAUUCUGCUCCGUCUUUCCACCUCAACCCCGAACGAACGAACGCCAAAUCUACCAAGCCCAAACACCGUAUACAUGAACAGUGGUGUGAAGGGGUAUUAAGAGCAACCUUGCCAAGCCAUAUCCGAAUCCGCACAAACAAGACUCCAAUCAAUGACAAUGACAAGGACAAGGACAACAAUGCGGCCUCCCAAAUGCAUCUGCAUCCACAUGCGCAUCCACCCAACCUCCAGACACCCCGGCAGAGCAUUUUUGUGGAUGCUUAAAUCCCGACAUUAGCCCCAGGACUGGGGCUCCUCCCCUCUACGGCAAACUUCCCCUCUCGUCCCGCAUU